GGCCUAUCACACCAAGUCUUUUCUCGAGAAGCAAGAGGUCAUCACGCGGUCACCCUCGCUUGGCACCUGCACCCCGCAAUCAGACCUCACAGCGGCAGCCAGAGCGAGGCUCUACUUCAACAGGGCGACAUGUUCCAGAAAAAAUGGACACAUCACAGCCCUCCAUCUUCCAAAGGUUCCGGCGACGAUAUACCAUGUUGCCAAAGGACGACAUCAUCGACAAUAUAGGACCCGUGGCGGCGCGACCCUCCCGCUAUGGCGAUGAAGAUGACCCAAUUCGUCCCAAACGCCCCCUCUGGAGCUGGCACCGCGACCAUUUUGGCGGCGCAUUGCUGUUCAACGUCGCUGCCUUCAUUCUGCCUGCCUUGUACGGCACGCUUGCCAAGCUCUGGGUCGCCAACAUUGAUCGGUCCCUUGUCGUUACCACGGACGUCUAUACGUAUAUCGGUAUCGUCGCCGAGGUACUGAAUGAGGGCCUGCCUCGCGCCGCGUGGGUCAUUAUCGGCGAUAGCGCAUCGAGGCCUUGGACGCAACGGCUUGGGCUGACGCAUACCCUCAUCCUAUUUCAGUCUGUCCUCGGUCUCAUCAUGAGCAUUGGCUUCCUCGCCGGCGCGGCCACCUUUGCCAAGGGCUUCGUUCCCAUCGGGGUGCGCGAUGCAAGCAUCACCUACGUGCGCAUCAGCGCCUUUUCAGCUCUCAGUUCCGCCAUCGAGACGGCCGUGGCGGCAGCGACGCGGGCGCUCGACAAGCCAGACGUGCCACUGGUCAUCAACACCACCAAAUUCGCCGUGAACAUCAUUCUGGAUCUCCUGAUCAUAUCCCGCUUCCACGUUGGCAGCUAUCAGCCCACCAUCAACAUGCAGGCCGGGAUCCAGCUCACCUGCAACAUGACGGCCGCCUUCGUCGGGCUGGGAUAUUUCCUCUGGACAACAACGAGGUCCAGUCUGCACGAUGACCAUCCCGAGGAAGAGGACAACGACGAUCACACCGAGCCAACCAACACCCGCCCCAGCCUCCGCGCCCUCCUCGUCCUCCUCCGCCCGGGCCUGCUCACCCUCAUCGAGUCCGCCGUCCGCAACGCUCUCUACCUCUGGCUGGUCACCACCAUCGUCGCCCUCGGCUCAACCUACGCCACCGCCUGGGGUAUCUUCAACACAAUCCGCUGGGGCCUGGUCAUGGUGCCCGUGCAGGCGCUUGAGGCCGCGAGUCUCGCCUUUGUGGGCCACCGCUGGGGCGCAUGGCGGCGCGAGAUCGGAACGAACACGCUGAGGCCCGGCCGCGUUGCGUUCCGCACCGUUCUCCGCAUCGUGAAGCCCGCGCUCCUCGCCGUGGGCAUCGCGGUAGCGGUCGAGGUUCCGGUCGCCAUCGCCCUCUCGCUCGGGGGCGCGAGGUCCUUUGCGCGGUAUCUGAGCGAUUCGGACGAGGUUGCCGAGGUCACCGCGUACAUGUGGUGGACGAUCGAUUGGUGCUACGUAUUUUAUGCGGCGUCGACGCAGCUGGCGAGCGUUGUGCUGGCGACGAGGCCGAAGUGGUAUCUGUACCAGAGCCUGGCGAGUAAUUUGCUGUAUGUUCUGCCGUGGGCGAUUGUGUGCCAGGUGGGGGAUUUGGACGAGGGAAAUGCGUGGACGUACCACAGUCUUGUUUUUGGUGGGAGUUUGGUGUUUAGUUUUGUGGAUAUCGUGGUCGUAGAUGCGUUGUGGGUGUGGAGUUUGAUGACGGGGAGGGCGAGGUUGGAGAGGUUCCGGGAGGGUUGAGCUCUUUGCGCUGGGGUAUACCAUCUAAUUACUUCAUCAUGAUGGGGCAUGCCGUUUUCCCGGACAUCAUUGACGGGGAAGACGGAUGGCAUGAGAAGGUGGAAGAGAGAUUCGCAAAGGGUGAGUUUCCGUUAAAGAGGAAUGGGCAUCCCUUACACCAAGCAAAGUUCGUGGGGACCGCGA